AUGGCUUCAAACUCAAUGAGCAGUACUCGGAGCUCUAACUCGUCAUGGACAGCUAAACAAGACAAGCAGUUCGAAGUGGCUUUGGCUACGUACGACAAGGACACUCCUGACCGUUGGCAAAACGUUGCAAGAGCCGUUGGUGGCAAAUCAGCUGAAGAGGUAAGAAGACACUACGAGUUGCUCAUUAGAGAUGUCAAUGACAUUGAAUCAGGGUUUUUCCACUUCUCGAUUGGAUUUGGGGGAAGCUGUUUUUGUUAUAGUCGGAUUCAAAUGGCUGCUUCUCGAUUAUGCUCCGCGGCUGCGAUAGCUGCUGCUUUCACUUCAAUGUCGAUGACGCAGAACCGCGCCUACGCUGACUCGCGCUUUCGCUUUCCCUUCUUCUCUUCGUCCCCGCCGUCUGAAUCUCCAACCGAUCAGUCUUCGUCGGACUCUAAACCGGAGACCAAACCGGAUCCCGAUGAGCCUAAAGGAUCUGGUUUCGAUCCCGAGUCCUUGGAAAGAGGCGCUAAAGCUCUUCGAGAAAUCAACAGUUCUCCUCAUUCCAAACAGGUGUUUGAUCUAAUGCGAAAGCAAGAGAAGACUCGUUUAGCUGAAUUAGCGGCUGAGAAAGCGCGGAAUGACGCUGUUCAAGCAAACAAGGACAUCGAAAGACAGCGGAAAUUGGCUGAGGAUCAGAGAAAUCUAGUGCAGCAGCAGGCACAAGCGAAAGCGCAGAAUCUUCGAUACGAAGAUGAGUUAGCGAGGAAGCGACUUCAGGCAGAUCAUGAAGCUCAGAGACGGCAUAAUGUAGAGCUGGUUAAGAUGCAAGAGGAGUCUUCUAUCCGGAAGGAGAGAGCAAAGAUCGCAACUGAAGAACAGAUUCAAGCACAGCAGCGGCAGACUGAGAAAGAGAGAGCUGAACUUGAGCGAGAAACAAUUCGCGUCAAAGCCAUGGCUGAAGCUGAAGGCAGAGCUCAUGAAGCCAAACUUACCGAGGAGCAGAACCGAAGAAUGCUUCUGGAUAGGAUAAACGGUGAAAGGGAGAAAUGGCUUGCAGCAAUCAACACGACCUUCAGUCACAUUGAAGGGGGAGUCAGGACCCUAUUAACUGACCGAAAUAAGCUGAUUAUGACUGUUGGAGGAGCUACAGCAUUAGCUGCUGGGGUUUACACAACUCGAGAGGGUGCUAGGGUUACAUGGGGUUAUAUCAACCGUAUACUUGGGCAGCCAUCACUUAUCCGAGAAUCCUCCAUGGGUCGAUUUCCGUGGGCAGGCUCAGUGUCUCAGUUUAAGAACAGAAUCUCUAGGUUUGGCACAGCCGCAUCUGCAGAAGGAGAAAAGCCGCUUGAUAAUGUAAUUCUUCAUCCUUCUCUAAAGAAGAGAAUCGAGCAUCUUGCUAGAGCCACAGCGAAUACCAAGUCCCAUCAAGCGCCAUUUCGCAACAUGAUGUUUUAUGGUCCUCCUGGUACCGGUAAAACUAUGGUGGCGAGAGAGAUUGCUCGGAAGUCGGGUCUUGAUUAUGCUAUGAUGACAGGAGGAGAUGUUGCUCCUCUGGGUGCACAGGCUGUUACAAAAAUCCAUCAGAUAUUUGAUUGGGCUAAGAAAUCAAACAAAGGCUUACUGCUUUUCAUCGAUGAAGCUGAUGCUUUCCUAUGCGAACGUAACAGCACGUACAUGAGCGAGGCUCAGCGCAGCGCUCUGAACGCGUUGCUGUUUCGAACCGGAGAUCAGUCACGGGACAUAGUUCUGGUCCUGGCCACAAACAGACCCGGUGAUCUCGACAGUGCAGUGACUGACAGGAUCGACGAAGUCAUCGAGUUUCCGCUCCCUGGUGAGGAAGAACGCUUCAAGCUCCUGAAACUCUAUCUCAGCAAGUACCUAACUGGUGAAGACAAGAAAGACACAGACACUAGAUGGAGCCAUCUGUUCAAGAAGCAGUCACAGAAGAUAACCGUCGAAGGCGACUUAACCGACCAAGUGAUCAGAGAGGCUGCGAAGAAGACGGAAGGUUUCUCUGGUCGUGAGAUCGCUAAGCUUGUGGCUGGUGUUCAAGCCGCGGUGUACGGACGACCAGAUUGUGUCUUGGAUUCACAGCUUUUCGAAGAGAUUGUGGAUUAUAAAAUCCAAGAACACCACCAGAGAGCCAGACUUGCGACUGAAGGCGGUCUUCCGUAGAAUCGAGUUGUACGAUUUCUCUGACUCUCUCUAUAAGAAAAAUGAAAUAGUGAGACAUUGUUUUGAGAGACCGGUUCAAUUUCGGUUUAGUUGGAAUUGGGUUAGAUUUAAAUGCAAACCGCUUUAGAAACAUGUGAACCGCCAAAGCCUUGGUCAGCGAGGGGAAUGCGGGCAUCCCUGUAACAUAAGACACGUGGCGAGCACCCAGAGAAAGCUCUACAAGAAAACCGCACCCUUGUAGCCACGUUAAGCCACGUGGCGAACAGUAACCGCUUCUCGGAAAGACCUCUGGUCUUGGCCUUAGAACCUGUCUCUCUCUAUAACUAUAACUUCCGAGGACAUUGGAAGUUGGAACUAGAAUCAAUCCAUUAAAAAAACGAAAGAAAGAAUUGGUCAAAGCAAAUUCGAAGAAGUUUGAUCCGUAAUCACUGGUUAAAGAGAUGAUGGAGAGAAAAAGAACGGCUUUGUUAGUGCUCGUGGUAGUGGUGGCGCUAACGUGGCAAAGGGGUAGUUUAGGGAAAUGGGCAGAGACGACUACGGCGGAAACGGCGAAAAAAAUGGUGACGGAGGCUGCUCAAGACGCUAAAGACAAGACCGGUUCAUGGGCCGGUUGGGUUUCCGACAAAAUCAACACUGGUAUUGGUAGGAAGAAAGAAAAAAAAGGAAAAGCGGCUCGAGCCGCUGAAUAUGUCAAGGACACGGCUUAUGACAGUGCAGGUUACGCUAAGGACUUUGCUUACCACAAGGCCGGUGAUGCUAAAGACAUGGCUUACGAGAAAGCUGGCUACGCAAAGGACAUGGCUUAUGAUACGGCAGAGAGUGCGAAAGACAUCGCUUACGAGAAGGCGGGACACGCCAAAGAUUACGCUUACGAGAAGGCGGGACACGCGAAAGAAUAUGCCUAUGAGAAAGCUGGAACUGCAAAGGACAUAGCUUAUGAGAAUGCGGGACAUGCGAAGGACACUGCCUAUGAUAAAGCAGGAACCGCAAAGGACAUGGCCUAUGAGAAGGCGGGUGAUGCGAAGGACAUGGCUUACGAGAAGGCGGGACACGCGAAGGAUUUUGCUUAUGAUAAGGCGGGCGAUGCGAUGGAUUUUGCUUACGAUAAGGUUGGAGCUGCUUAUCGAAGUACAAAGAGUAUGAGAGAUUUUGGUUACGAUAAGGCCGGUGAUGCGAAGGAUAUGGCUUAUGAUAAGGCGGGUGAUGCGAAAGGCGUUGCUUACGAGAAAAUGGGCAGUGCCAAGGACACGGCUUAUGAGAAAGCUGGUGAGGCUAAAGAGUUUGCUUACAAGAAGGCGCAAAACGCAAAAGAGUUUGGAUAUGACAAAGGCGGUGAUGUGAUUCGUAUGGCGACAGACAAGAGCGGUGAAGCUUAUGAAAGAGCGAAAGAGAGUUCGAAGAGUGCUAAAGACGUUGCAGCUGAUAAAGCCGAACGAGCUAUGAAGUAUGGUAGAGAGAAAGCAACAGAGGCGAUGGAUGGUUCAGUUGAGUAUAUGAAAGACAAAUCAGACAAAUCUAAAGAUGGAGUAUCCAAAGGAUUCGAAGAAUCCAUGGAGAAGGUCGGUGAAAAGUACGGUAAAGCCAAGGAAUCUACAAAACAUGCGUAUGAGACCGCUAAGGAGAAGGCUUCUCAGGUUGCUGGAGAGAUAAGAGAACGUUAUGCUGAGCUCUAAAAAUGGAAUUUUUUUUUAUAUUUAUUUGUUAUAUAAAUCUGAAUCUAACUUAAAACAUCUUUCAAGUUAAGAAAAGGAGUGAUGAACAAAGAGUAUAUAUAAAAAGUCUCUUACAUGUCUUUCUUCUUGGAUGCUUGCUUAUUGUUGUGCAUCCAAACUUUAAAAACUUGUCUUUUCACAUUAAUCUCACGACAAAACCGAUUCACUUCUUCGUCUUCAGGCUUACUCAUUCUCCAACCAAUCUUUUCAGCAAACUCCAUCAUCUUCUCCUUCUGUUCUUGAUUAAACUUUGUCCUAAACCGUUUCUUCGGAUGGUAUUGAAACUGAUCUAUUGCAUUACCGCUAAAAGAUUGAUGGAGCUUGUUGAGAUCCUCCGUCGAUGACUCCGCCGGAUCUCUUCCUCCUCCGCCGCCACCACCACCACCAAAGCUCAUCAUGAUCGGAGACACGUGGCGGCUUAGGGUUGGUCUAUGUGAAUGGUCGAAGCUAGCGCUGUUGAAUUUGACAACGAACAUGCCGUCGAUUUCUUUUCUGUGGAAGCUCCGAUGACAAUCACAGGCGGCGCAAAGAAGAGACUCCGCCGUGCCUUUUUCACCGGAUGACAUAAACUCGCCGCAACCGUCGACCACAUGUCCGCCGGAGCUCGCCGCGUGGUUCCUUUGGCAUUCUCUGUAUCUCACUCUCCUCGUUGGAGAAGUAGUUUGAGGCCUAGCGUAUGACCUUGGAACUGGAGCUAUAGAAAUUGGGUUGGUAUCAAGAUCCGGAUCCGGAUCCGACCCGAUUCUUUCGGUGGUGGGUUUCUCUUUGUCGGAGGUUUGGGUGUAAGUGUACGGAGCAAGACGAUGAUCUACGAUUUGAUGAUUCGAUGAUGCUUUUCGUCUUUCCAUCUCCAUUUCUUCAUCUUUCUUCUCUCUAAUUACUUCCAUCUUCUUGAGCUUCUGAAUUAAGAAGCGAUUAAACCCAGCAAGUAAAGAAGACAAAGUUUAGGUCUUUACUAAUGGGGAGAGAGAAAAGAGGAGAGAGAUGAUUCUUUUGGAAGGAGAAGAGGAGAGAGAGAGAGAGAGAGAGAAUUUGAAAUUGUGUUUCCUAUUGCCCAUCAAUUUCCAAGAGAAAAAAAAU